AUGCCACGUUCUUCUCGUAUAGGUGAAUUGCAAUACGAUCCUGAGAUCGAGAAGACUGCUAAAAGGUUGAGAAAAGAAACUAAAUUGCGCAAAAAUCAAGCCCUUUCAUCAACAUCCCUUCAAUCAAAUACCACAACUGAGUCAACUGCCUCUUGUUGCAAUCCCGAAGUAGAGCAAGCAAUGGCCGAAGAACAAAGGACCUUGCGGGAGCUUUCUGCACCAAAUGUGAAUCAACAACCACUUUGUAUUCAACAUCCUGCAUUAGAGGUUGGUUUUGAAUUAAGGUCAGGUUUGAUUCAAUUACUUCCAACUUUUCGUGGACUUGAAAAUGAAGAUCCACAUAAGCACCUAAAGGAGUUCCACGUGGUGUGUUCGAGCUUCAAACCACAAGGAGUAACGGAAGAUCAAAUCAAACUGCGUGCAUUCCCAUUCUCACUAGCCGAUAGAGCAAAGGAUUGGUUAUUUUACCUUCCUCCUAGCACAAUAACCACAUGGGCGGAUAUGGUAAGACUAUUUCUUGAAAAGUUUUUUCCAGCUUCACGAGCAGCUAGCAUUAGAAGAGAAAUAUGUGGCAUUAAGCAAAGAGACGUAGAGACCCUCCACGAAUACUGGGAACGCUUCAAGCAACUGUGUGCAAGUUGCCCCCAACAUGGAGUUUCUGAACAACUUCUUAUUCAAUACUUCUAUGAAGGAUUGCUGCCCAUGGAAAGAAAUAUGAUGGAUGCAGCUAGUGGAGGUGCUAUAGUGAACAAAACUCCUCGUGAAGCUAGAGAUUUGAUAUCCAUCAUGGCUGCUAAUUCACAACAAUUUGGAUGUAGACAAGACGCAUCUCCAAGAAGAGUGAAUGAGGUAAAUAUUUCUUCCCUUGACAAUAAAUUAUCUCAAUUAACUACUCUUGUGCAACAGUUAGUUGUAAGAAAUGUGCAACAAGUAAAAGCUUGUGGAAUUUGUGCUGUUACUGGCCAUCCAACUGACAUGUGCCCGACGCUUCAAUACAACUCUUGUGAGGAUGUCAAUGCAGUUGGAGGAUUUCUUGGACAACCCCAAAGAAAUUAUGAUCCCUACUCAAAUACAUACAACCCAGGAUGGAGGGAUCAUCCUAAUUUUAGCUAUAAAGCACGCCCACAAUUUCAACAAUAUCAGCAUGUUCCACAACAACAACCUUCAUCCUCACAACAAUCAUCUUCUAAUUCAGGUACGCCAUUGGAAGAUAUUGUUAAGUCACUUGCUACUAACACACAACAAUUUCAGCAAGAAACAAGAACAAGUAUUCAACAUUUGGAAAGUCAGGUGAGCCAACUAGCAUCUACCGUGAGUAGAUUGGAGUCUCAAGGUAAAUUGCCAUCACAAACUGUUGUGAACCCCAAGCAAAAUGUAAGUGCAAUUACAUUGAGAAGUGGAAAAGAGUUGCCAGAACCUACUCAAGUGCGGAAAACACCCAACCAAGAUGAGGAAACUGAAAAAGAAGUUCAUCAACCUCAAGAUGAUCAAAAGCCUAUUGGAGAGCAUCCAAAGACUAUGGUAAUUCCUCCUCCUUUUCCUAGUAGAUUGGCUAAAUCCAAAAAGAAUGAAGAAGAAAAAGAAAUUUUUGAAACCUUUCGAAAGGUUGAGGUAAAUAUUCCUUUACUUGAUGCUAUUAAACAAAUUCCUCGAUAUGCUAAAUUUCUCAAAGAGUUGUGCACAAAUAAAAGAAAGUUAAAAGGCAAUGAAAUGGUCAGCAUGGGGGAAAAUGUUUCAGCUAUCCUUCAGAAAAAAUUACCUCCCAAGUGUAAAGACCCAGGUAUGUUUGCUAUCCCUUGCAAGAUUGGUAAUAUUAAUAUUGAAAGAGCAAUGUUAGACCUUGGAGCUUCAAUUAAUGUCAUGCCCUUGUCUGUUUAUUCAUCUCUGAAUGUUGGUCCAUUAAAAGAAACGGGUAUAAUUCUUCAACUUGCUGAUAGAUCUAAUGUGUAUCCUAGGGGUGUUUUGGAAGAUAUUUUAGUACAAGUGCAAGGUUUAGUUUUUCCUGCUGAUUUUUAUGUAGUUGAUAUGGGAGAAGAUAAUAAUAAUUCUUAUGAUUCAACACUAAUAUUGUUGGGAAGGCCAUUUCUGAAAACAACUAAGUUAAAAAUUGAUGUGCAUGAUGGUACAUUAACAAUGGAGUUUGAUGGUGAAAUUAUAAAAUUUGAUAUAUUUAAUACUACCAUUAAACAUUUGAAUGGCAUAUCAUCUGUUUUUGCUGUGGAUAUUUUAUCGCAGGAGGAUAAUUCUCAUUUGAUUGGUGAUGAGAAAAUGAAUGUUGCGCUGAACAGAAAUCCUAACUUUGAGGAUGCUUUAGGACGGCGAUGGAGUCUAGCCAAAGACGUUAAAGAAAGGCGCUGCUUGGGAGUGGAGAAUGAGAAGAUAUGCAAGCCUAUGGUAGAGCAUUUCUAUAGGAAUUGA